AUUUGAUGUGAAUUCUUAGAAAAAUAUCGUAUUGAAAAUUUCCAAAUAGAAUUUUAUCAAAAAGUUGAAAAUUCGGAUGACCCGGAAGCCUUGACCGGGACGCCGGGACACGACUUCGUAAUUCGGGCCAUGUCCCGGAUUUUUCGGGCUAGUUAGUCACACUAGUAUUCACCCAUAAUUUCUUCAUAACAUGGACUCAAGCUAUUAAUCAACAAUGGCUGUUGUUGCAGAUAUGAUACGGGAUGUCAAUAAUUUUUUAAAUAAAUAUCAAGAUCCUAGGACUGCCGAUUGGCCUCUGAUGUCAGGUCCAUUUCCUACGUUAGUGAUAUGUCUUUCAUAUGUAUAUAUAGUUAAGGUAUUAGGACCAAAGUUAAUGGAAAAUAGGAAGCCUCUUAACUUAAAGAAUACCCUUAUUAUUUAUAAUUUUGCCCAGGUUAUAUUUAGUAUAUGGAUAUUUUAUCAAAUUGGUAUGGGGGGAUGGUUUACAGGGGAAUAUAGCUUGAGGUGUCAGCCAGUAGAUUAUUCCAAUAAACCAAGUACAAUAAGAAUGGUACACGCAUCAUGGUGGUACUUUUUCUCGAAAUUCACAGAAUUCUUCGAUACAUUCUUCUUCGUACUAAGGAAGAAAAAUGAUCACAUUUCAACUCUGCACGUAAUUCAUCAUGGAGUUAUGCCAAUGUCAGUAUGGUUUGGAGUAAAAUACACGCCAGGUGGUCACAGCACAUUCUUUGGCUUUAUCAACACAUUUGUCCAUAUUAUUAUGUACUCAUAUUACAUGUUGUCUGCCAUGGGACCACAUAUGCAGAAAUAUCUAUGGUGGAAGAAAUACCUGACAGCUUUCCAAAUGGUACAAUUCGUUGCUAUCAUGGUCCACGCUUUCCAACUUCUCUUCACCGACUGCAACUACCCCAGAGCAUUCGUAUGGUGGAUCGGCAUGCACGCCGUCAUGUUCUUCUUCCUCUUCAAAGAGUUCUACAACCAAACCUACUCCAGAAAAUUGAGAAGCAAAGAGCUCAACGGCAAAGCCAAAACUCAAAAUGGCCACCAAAACGGCUACACCAAUGGCCAAACCAAUGGCCACACCAAUGGCGUCCAUAAAAAUGGGGUUAGCAAAAAUGGGGUUAGUGAAUAUUACUCCAACGGUACGACUGAAAUCCACCAGAGGAUAAAGUCAUAGUGAUACUAGUUUGUAAUUAGUUUUUUUCUAGAAAAUUCCAUCGAGAUGGACAAUUUACUUAAUUUAAAUUUGGUGAUUGAAUUCGGUUCAUAGGGAAAUAAAAACAGUUUAAAAAUCAGCAAGCACCUGAUAACCAACCGCGUUCAAAACUUGUACAGUAAUUCAGUCAAUUUGUACUCCCCUAGUGGGAAAGUUUUGGGGUAGUUCUGAUAUCCUUAUGUAUUUUGGGGUGCCGAAUCCGAAUAUGAGGUUUGCGGACAAAAUUUCGUGACGCAACAUUGAAAAACUCGCGAAAAAAGCGAAAAAUUUCUGCUUUUCCCGCUUUUUUGCUUAAAUCGCGAAAACUGUUAACUUUUAGUAAAUGGUCUGUUAACAGAAAUUAAAGUACCUACUUAAAAUUCUCUACAAAUAUUUAGUUUUUUUUUUCAGACGAACCGUUCGGUCUUAAAUGCGAGUUGAAAAUUGGCAAUUUUGAACGGUCAAUGCAAAACCCACUUUUUACAUUCCAAAACUUUAUUUCUUAUUAGAAUGCUGUCAUUUGAUAAAUUUCUCCUAAUUUUCUGCACAAAUAAUAAUUAAGAAGAAAUGUCGAAAUUGUACAAAUUCAGUAUCACAAAAGGUAAGACUCUUAACAAAUUUAGCUUAAAACAUCGUGACUAUUAAUAUUACAAAUUAUUAUAAUACAAAAUGUUGUAUAAUACUAAAUUAUAUGAGCCGUGUUCUUUUAAAUGGUCCUGGCUGUGGUUCUCCGGUGGUGAUGAAAGGAGAGAUGAGGAUUGCAAAAUAGAUGGUGAUAUUACACAUACCUUCCACAUUGUGCUGAGGUUCUUCGAUGGCAUCGGGUCCUGGCUCAGAUUUUGAUUGCUCAAUCGUCAGCGCCAGGGGUUGUUCUCCUGGAAAAUAAAAGAGGUGGUGAGAUACUAACUUGUGAUUAUAUAUAUCAAGGAGAGAUGAAUGACUACAAAAUAACUUGUGAGAUUCUACAUACCUCUGUCUCUUUCUUCAGUCUCUUCUACGUCUAUGUCAGAGCUGUCUUCUGGGGGUUCAAUGUUGUCACACAGUCAUUCGCAUGAUGUACAAAUUGGGGAACAAUGGAGGCCCUCCUUCCUGCAUCCACAAUUGCAUUGACGGCCCUUUUUAAAUUUACAUGCCCUUACACAUAAAGUAAUUACAUUACUCCCUCAAUACCGGAGUAUUGAGUUUGGUGCAGUGUCCAAAGUGGUUGGAACUGGCACGAGACCGCAAGUAGUUUUUUUUCACCCCCACUCACUUCGAUCUUUUUGUUACUCGUCCGGUGUGGAUAUAACUUUUUGUCGAUAUAUGACAGUAAACUCUUGGUGAAUGUUCUCGUGCAGCAGCUCCGGUAGGGGGUAAUAAGGCAAUGUUGGUAUUAUUUUUAUAUGAUGAAGAUACGUAUUGUCUGUAUCUCAAAUCAUUCAGACUGGUCUCUUUUUUCCAUAUAGAGCCAUGAGAAACAUGUUUCCUGUUGUGGCAAUCUCAUCUUGCUGUGCAUUAGGGUCUUUGAAAGCCUCAAUGGAUGGGUGCAAGUCUGUGUUCUUCUUCAGGACUUUAAGAAAUUUCAGUUUCCCCUGAUUAAACCAUGCAGAAGUAGUAUCACACCACUCAUCGCAUGUAGGAAUAAUAUAUGGUCCAUUAGGAUUUUCUCAGCAGCCAGAUGAGGGUUGUAGAGGCUUUACCAAACCUUUCCUUUUCCUGGUUUCAGAAAAAAUACAUUUUUUGUAUUAGGGCUACACAGGCCAAUCAAAACCACAUGUAAAUAAUUCAAUAAAAAAGCUUUUGGUUUUUUUCCAAAAUUUAAUGUUGACUAGUUUCCCUGACAACCAUUUCUUCUUGUUUUUUUAAUAGACGAAUAAGUUUUUAACAUUUCUCCCGCCUAAACAGUGGGUUUUGCAGAGACCGCUGAAAAUUGCCCAUUUUCAACUCUUACUUCGUCUGAAAAACGUCUGAAAAAAAAUCUGACUAGUGUAACUUGUAGAGAAUUUCAGGUACAUACUUUAAUUUCUGUAAACAGACCAUUUACUAAAAGUUAAAAGUUUUCGAUAAAAAGCGGUAAAAAAUACAUUUUUCGCUUUUUUUCUCGAUUUUUUCAAUGUUGCGUCACGAAAUUUUUUUCUGCAAAUCUCAUAUUCGGAUUCAGCACCCCAAAAUACAUGUAUAAUGAAAGAAAUCAGAACUACCCCAAAACUUUCCUAGUAAAAAACACAAUUUAACUGAAUUACAGGGCAUAUCGGAAAGUUUAUGUGUAAAAAGACGGAACAUGGGAUGUUUCAUUAUUUAAUCAAAGGGCAUUUUAGAUUUAUGGUUACUACUAGGUAUUUGUAGUAUCUGCUUGAGAUUUCGGGAAAAUAAUGGACCUACCUUAUAGAAAAGUAAUGUUUUAAUUGAUUUUUUUACAAAUAAACUUUCUGAGAGAAGUUGUACAUAUAUUGUUACAUUAAAAAAUUAUUUGGCGUUAUUUUUAUAUUCACUGUUAUUAAAAAGUUCUCGAAUGUUACACAAAAUCAACAGGUAGGCAUACACGAAGGAGGUGUUCGAAAGAAUGUUCCAAUGUCUGAGAAUUUAUACCACCAGAUCUGUGAAAAACAGGGUGCAGCACAAAGAUCCUUCUUUUGAGAAGAACAUACUGUCAAUAGACCUGAUAGGAUUAAUUACGCAGGUCAGCACAAACGUAUCGGUGAAAGGUGCUGUAUUUAGUAGGUGUAAAAUGUUUAUACAUUUUAAUAAUUUGCUUUGUGUGUGUUUACCUAAGGUAUCUCAUAGAAUCCAGUAUUCUAUAGCAUAUGCGCAGUACAAAGCUAUUUAUAUAUCUUAUAUCAGGGAGUGCAUACUUUUGCAGCCGUAGUUUUAUCAGUGUACAUUGUUCUUGGGUUUUAUAUAGUGUUAUCUGAAGUUAUUUCUUUCUCAAAUGACAGGGAACCUAACCUUUAUUUUCAGUCUUGUACACUUUACAUUUCCUUUAAUGCGAUUUAUUAUAUUGUGAUUGAAUAGCCCUGUCUGCUCUCCAUGGUAUUGAUUGUUUCUCGUUUUGUUGAUAUUUACAGUUCAUUCCUUUUUUGUUUAAAUUUCUAAUUCUUAAAUUUUUCUUCUUCCAUGAUGUAUUUAACGCUAGUUCUACAAUUUUGUUUCUUGUUGGGAAUGAGGAAUAUUUAAUUAUAUCUUCAUCCUAUGUUGUAACAAGAAGUUUUAUCUUUUGCUAUGUAUCCCAUAAGCUGUCCUAAAAGCAAACAUAUUUGGCAGGUGAGUUCCAGGAAGAAGAACACCCUGGUUAAAGAACCUGAGGACCUGGUUCAACACAACAUCCGGGCAGCUUUUCCGCGUUGCUAUAAUAUAAGAAUUGCCAUGAUUGCCAACAUCUUCUUCUUCUUCUUCAGUCUGUGUUCGUCCACUGCUGGACAUAGGCCUCUUCCAUUUGCUUCCAUCGAUUUCUACUCUUGACAAUUCUCAUCCACUGCUUGCCCGCGACUUGUUUGAUAUCAUCUGUCCACCUCUUCUGCGGUCUGCCUACUCCUCGCCUGUUCUCUCUUGGUCUCCUCUUGCCAACAUUAGCCACGAAUAGGCACAUUAAGAAGCAGUGGCGUACCGAUAGAUCAGCGGGCCAUGGUUUCAGUUGAGAUGCGGGCCCACCCGCCCAAUAAAAACUCACAUUGUAUAACGCGAGUAUCGAGCAUUUAGCCUAUUGUAUUGGCAUUAUUUUUAUGACCCACCGUAUAAAACUUGCAUUGAAUAUCUGUUUCCGAAUUUUUGCAACUUUGUAGUUUACCUACAACUUAUUCAUGGAUCGUGCUAAUAUAAAAAAUACAAGUGUUUGAGUUAGCACGUGUAGGCAGGCACCGGCGGUUAGUCUUUAAACAAGGACUUCGGCUAGCAGGUAAAACGAGCAAGGAACCUUACAAAAGUUCCCUGUGUUUGUUAAUAAAUUUUGAUUUCAAAUUUUUUGAUAAAUAGUUAUUCUUCGUUUUUAUUAAUAAGCACCUACACAAAAAUUAAAAUUUAUUAAGCAGUUACAUUUCAUAGUGUGUACUUGUGUAAUUCAAAAUGUCCCCAUCAAAUUAAAAACAAAAGAAGCAAAAAGUGCUUUAGAACGGGGCCUUGGUUCCGCGGAACCGUGCUCAGUACGCCACUGUCAAGAAGAAUGUAGUAAGUUCAGAUCUAAGUAAAUUUAUGUCACAUUAUAUCAAAGAUAAAACUAUUUUUUUAAAUCUCUUUACUUCAGCUAAAAUACUCCGCAAUUUUUUUAAGAUCAGUAUGUAAUAGAGGUUCAGUUAGUAACUUAAAUUUCCGAAUAAUUCUGCCUCUAAUAAUAAUCUUCUUUACUCUCACUGCCCUUUCCUCAUUAUUUUUCUAUUUAGCGUAUGGACUUUCACAGUACGAUAAAUGCACAUAUAUAUGCAAAUAGUAAAGAAUGACUAAAUAUUAAUGUCUUCUGGGGAACAUUCCACAUCAUUACGUCAUCCAUCUGGGCGUGAUGACGUAAUCGACUAUUUUUUUAAAUGAGAAUAGGGGUCGUGUGCUAGCUCAUUUGAAAGGUUAUUCAAUUCUCUAUACAGUACUAUAAACAUUAAGAUAAUUAUUUAUACAGGGUGUCCAAAAAAAAUUUGAAAUUAUUAAUUAAACAAUUAAUUUAAUUAAAAUUUUUUUUGAAACCCUGUAUAAUUAAUCAUGUUAAUGUUUAUAUUACUGAAUAGGGAAUUGAAUAACCUUUCAAAUGAGCUAGCACUCGACCCCUAUUCCCAUUUAAAAAAUAGUCGAUUACAUCAUAACGCCCAAAUGGAUGACGUCACCAGUACGAUAUAUAUGUCAAAAAAUCAUAAUUUAAAAAUCGAAUAACUUUUGUAUUUUACAUUUUUUUCUAAUUCUGUAAAUAAAGCAGUUUACAACGAGAUCAAAAUAUAGUGAAUAACCCUGUACAUUCACUGAGGCCGACCGACCGGCUCUGUCCCGUCAUACAGCUGACCGACUAUAAUAACGUUUAUUUAUAUUUAAUUUAGAAUGUGUGUACUGAUUUUCAGCCUUAGUAAAUGGAUUUAAUUACCUUCGUAGGAAAGCAACUUUGAUACCCUCUCAGUAACCCCUGUUCUACGUUUCGCUUGACCGACCGCAGUAUGUUUCUCUACACAAUCACAGUAAUCAACUGUGAAAAAUCUAGCUUUAGUAAAUUCAAAGAGAUUUUUCAGCGCUGCCUCUUGGACUACUCGCCCAGGUGGACCGGAGCAAAUUUGAUCCGAUGAAGCCUGUCCUCAUUAUAGCCCGUUUUAAGUGUCACAUUUCAAUGGAAAUCGUCCUCAUUGGAGAUAUAAUCUGAAAGUGGGAUCAACUUUAUAGUUUUCGGAUGUCUGGAAGUGUAGUAUUUGUUUGUUCCUGGUACAUUCUUGCUCUUCGGGAAGCUAGGGAAUAUAUAGUGACACCUGGCAAAUUUGUCUAUAGUACUUAUGUAAAUCAGAGCACUACAUACUGUCAUUUUGACAUUUAUCUUGUUAAAAUAUAGAGGACCAAUGACGAGAAUGGUUUCUAUAAUUUGUUUGUAUACAGUGUAUACUAUAUGUAGGUCUUAUAGAUCCUCAACUGAGAUUAUUUCAUUGAGUAGUAGCAUCCCCUCCAUUUCUCGAAUUUUAGUAAAUCAUUGUGCUUUCGUAUUCAAAGAAUAUGAGAUGCAUAAAUGUUUGGGAAAUUUCAAUAUUACGUAGUUAUAGAAAGAGCAAAGUUAUUGAUGUAGGUACCAGGCUUGAACAACUUAAAUUUCUGUUUUAAUUUUUUUGGCAUUUCUGAUAAUUACUUGUCAAAUAAUUGCAAAUUGAAUGCAAGAUUAACUCAUUCAUUUUAUUUGUAUGUUGUAAACUCUCCAUAAAAUUGGUUGCACGCUAGUUAAAUUAAUUUUCUUUUUCUACUUCUUGUAGAGCCUAUCCGUUUCGGAUGUUGUGACCAUCAGGGCAAUCUGUACUUGGCACACUGCUGCCCUGAAAAGAUUUAUAGUUUUUGUGUUGAACCAAGUACGCAGAUUUUUCAGCCAGGAAAUCCUUCGCAUUCCUGAUCCUCAUUUUCCUUUGUAACGUUGUCGUUGUAUUUGAUGCUCCAGGUAACGAAAAUUCAGCCGAAGACAAAAGAUUCGCUUUUUAAGACAUUUAUUUAGAAUCAAACAUACAAUAGCCUUAAUUACUACUCGUUAAUUUCGUUAAUAAAAUAUAUUUAUAACCUACGUAUCGAACAUUAGGUUCGGGUCGAUGUGACCAUAUCUGGUACAUGAAUGAAUACUACCGACGAUCGCGUGGAUUAAGAAUUACAUUUAUUAAUAUGAAACGGACCUAUAAGGAUAGGAUAUUUCGCUCAGCUCGCCAGCAGAAAAGACAUGUAGGGAAAUACGAUCACCGCUCGUAUAAUGAUAGGUAAAAGGAAAAACCGUCGGCUUCGUUCAGCGCAUUAAGACGACGGAAGAAAAUGGAUUAACUCACCUCGUAUACCUCGUUGUUGUUUAUUAUUCUUCGAUCAACGCUCCAAGAAUAAUAAUCAACUAGGCUUUUCGUUCCGACUUUUAUAUCGUCCGAGACGGUACAAAAACAAGUUUUACUUAAUUCAUUGGCGUACUUUAGACGAUAAAAUUAUAUUAUCGUCACACCUUCUCCUUUUCCUGCAAGGUUAGUUGCAGCAGCUGUUCCUCAUGAUGUGACCGAGGUAUUCGAUUUGGGCUGUUUUCGUUGUGGUUUAAUCAAUUAAUUUUACUUCUUCAAAUAUGUUAUUAAGCGAAUCAGCUUCUAUCCUUGGAAUAAGUUGGACCAAGCUGUUCCAGGUUAAUUCCAGGAUCGUUUAAACAACGGCAGUAGUCUUAACGUUAAGUCUUGUUCUUAGUUUUGAAGGUUGUCUUCUCGAGGAUGGUCCGAGUCGGUUCUGAAAAAUUCGGCUUGCCUAUAGGCUGUAUUCUGUUCGUUUUUCAAAGACUGAUUUUUAUAUUGACUUCUGGUAAAGUAUAUAUAAUACAUGCGAAGAUGCUGUACGCGAAAGUUUACACUCCUUGAACAAUAUAUAGCUCCAGAUGAUGCAGUUUAUAAUAUUUUAGCAAAAGUACUGGUUUCUAUGAAUUGCACCAAAUAAAUUCUACAAAAUAACGCCAAAUCGAAGCGAUUGUAAAAAUUAUAUUCCAAUUAAUUGAUUUAUUAUUAAGAUCUUUCUUUUUGUUUUGGUUAUUUCUAAUUUAUUUACUGUAAUAUUUCUGCCUUUGCCAGUUUGCUCAAUUUAUAAUGUGUUAUUUUCUCUAACUUAUUAAUAUUUCUUCUUUUAAAACUCAAGAAAUGUUCAUUUAAAUGAUUUCCCGCAGCUAAAACACCUACAAGAAAUUUUCAUUGUAAUUUUUUAUGUCAUAUUUUAUUUAGAAAAUGUUUUUAAAAAGUAAAAAAUGGCUUAUAUUAUCAGUUUGUAUCCUGUUUUAAAAACAGGAAGACUUUUUAGGGCAUUUUAAACUUUAUUGUUGACAGUGGAGUAAAGAGAAAAUUUUGAGGUGAUUUGAAAUAAUUAUUCGUUGUAGAAAAUGACUACAACAUUUUUCUUUUUAUGAUGGCUCUAUCACACAUAAUUAUUGUAGAGUGGAAAGACAGUUGUUAAGGAUUCUUUGAUAACUCUUGAGUACCAAGGCUUAUAGAUUCGUAAUUUUGAUACUUUUUGACAUUGAUUACCUAUGGGAUAUGAAUAUCAGCCCACAUAAUCAAAAUCUCCAUCAAACCAGCAUUUUUAACGUUCAAAUAUUUAUUUAUUGUAUAAAUUCUUAGCACCAUCUUAACACUGUACGGGCGAAAUUUGUAUUUGUUUUUCCGAGAAGAAAACUGUUGAAAAAAUAAAUUUUUAAUGAAUUUUAAUAAAAUUUAUCAAAAAGCACAGUUGUCUUACAAAAAUAAGACCGCUACCAUAUGGUAAAAUUAGCCUAAUACAUGAUAUUCGAUUAUUUGGUGUGGAAUAAUUGAUUCCAUUAUAUACACAGUCUGACAUCACAUCUUUAACAUUUUGUUCAUAUUCUAUACUUGCACAUUUACCAAUUUUGUUCUCAUUUGGUAUCAGUAAAUGACUUCGACCAUCAUAUCGUAAGCCAUCAAGUCUGUUUUGAGUAAUCUAGAACCUUAUUUUGCUGGUUGACCUGCUCCGCUCAAAGAAACCCCAUAUUUUUUUAAAAAUUCGUUCGUACUAUAUAUUCAAAAAUUUAUAAGAUCCAACAAAAAUAAGCUUGUUUUCCUGUAAAUAUUCCUGAUAUUCUCCAUGUAAACAUGAAACAUCCCCUUGAAUAUUGCUUACCACCACUUGCAUCUUGUACUGAUUUCAUAUCUUGAAGCUAUUCUAUGUGAUUUUUGUACUUGAUCUGUCACUUCUUUAUCGAGGUCUCCCUAGCUGAUUCUAAGGUAGGUAUUUUAUUUCCAUCACCUAUUUUACAUUCAAAUAAGCAAAGGAUAAAAAGUAACAACAAAAACUGCUAUAACAUUCAGUUUGAAGUUUGGGUUGCCUAUCUAACAGUAAAAUUACUAAUUUGAAUUUGUUUUGCAGUUACAAUACAAAUAUUUAAUUUCAAAAUUUUGUAGUAAUGCAAUAGUAAGCCAAUUCUUAAUGCUAUUUUGGAUAACUUUUCAUUUUCGCCAUUCUUUUCAUUUCUUACUUCCUUCCGUUCUAUGGUCUCUUUGGUUUCCUCGUUCUAUCAACAUAUAAGACGACAUUUUUCAUAUUAUUCCCAGACCUUAUUAUAAUAUAUCCCAGGCAACCAAAUAACGUUUACAAAACGUUGAAAAGACGUCAUAAUUAUCGCCAAACCAAGUCAGUUUGUCACGUUUUUUCGACGUCGAAAGUCACGUGAAUAUGUCACACCCUAACUGAAUUCAUUUUCAUCACGUUUUAAAUACGUGAUAUAAAAAACGUAGUUUUUAUGACGUUUUUUUUCAGAUUAUUUUUCAUUUUAUGGUUUUAAAAAUACACAAUAAUAAUUAUUCGUAUGGGCGUUGUUGGUAUUGCAAUUUUUUCAUUUAACUCUUUUAAAUUUAUCUUAUGGGCUAAAAGUAAAACCAAAUGGGAGACUAUAAAAUGCAUAGAAUUACAAUACCCUCAAUGCAACAUUAUAGAAUUUUCACUUUUUAUAUAGGUAUACUUACUGUGUCAACACUGAAACAACAUAUAAACUAAUACAUAAUUUAUUAACAAAUUAAUUUAAUUAAAUUCGAUAACACAUAAUUGUUAGUUCAUUAACAGAAAAUAAUCACCAAAACAAAAUAAAACAUAUAUAACCUCAAACCGUUUUCAAGAAGAACUAUUGCAUUAAACUAACUCACUUGAGAAAAACGAAUAAAAAUCUCUUACUUAACACGUUUCUUCAACCAAAUAUCUAAAUGAAAAGUCUUAAUUUAUCACACAAAGCACGUAAACAAUAAAUGAAAAAUUUCUUAUGACAAUUUAAGCUUAUAAACGUCAAUAUACAACAUAACAUUAUAAGCAUUAACUCGUUAAGCUCCUCCCAUUUUUGUGACGUCAGACUUGAGCCGUCUGAAAUGAAAACAUGUUUUAACGUUAUUAAUCUUACGUAUUUAAAAUCACCUACAAAAGACGUUUAUACGACGUAAUGUUCAAACACGUGUAUAUAUUCAACCAAAAGCGGACGUUUCCUCGACGUUAUUGACGUCACUUGGUUGCCUGAGAUAUCUUUCCCUAGAUGCUCCCUCUGUAUUUUGAUCAUUCUUCUCUUCCUAUAUACAUUAGAAUUCAUCCAUAACAACUAGGUACAUAUAGAAAUUUCAAAAUGUAGGAAACCUGCUUCAGAAGUAACUAUUACGAAAUCGUAGUAACUCAUAUUCGCAAUAUCAGCGCUAUAACAUAUGUUCCGUAAGUGAAAACUGAGUCUGCAUAUUCAGUGACCUCUUUGUAUCCAAACUCUGUGUAUAGUGAUGUAUACUUUGCGGGGUAGUUUGAAAUUAGCGGAGAGAUUGUGAUGUCCAAUAUAUUGAGCUAUACGUUUCCGCUAAGUUCCACCAAUUCACUAACCAUCUUUCCGAACCUCAGUAGUUUGUAUAUAGGACCAUUUUUACUAGUUGAUUCCUGGACUUCAAUCUCCGAAAAUCUAUCAAGUCUUGAUCGAAAAGUCUGAAUUAAAAUUUGAGAUUUGUGGGAUCAUUAUGCCUGAGAAACGGUUUAAGAUGAUGGAGCACACUAUUCUGCUGUAGCGCAGUCAUACUCAAAGCCAAAGUUAUUCUAUGUACUUAACUUUGCUGCUAAAUUUGUCAGGUGUUUCUUUCUUCCAGGAGAGCAUCUAGUUGUCAAAGUACUCGUUCAAUAAACUCAGAUGAUUUGGAAAGUAUCUUCACUGAUGUAGAUGUUAGAGUUAUAUCCUAUAUUGCUCACAUAUCUGAACAUCUUAGAUGAGGCAAUGUAUACACUAUAGAUUUUGAACAAACUGAGCAACUAACUUUUACAGCCAAUGUUGCUUAAGAGUCCCUCUUGCCUUUCUGGGUCGAAUGCUUAUGUAAAAUCUAUAAAGAUAGCAUCAAUCCUCUUUCGAUCUAUGCUAUUGGUCUCUGCACUUGUUUCUCGCUGCUAAUCUUUGAGGUAAGCUUCACCUAUUGGUAUUUUUUCUAUAUAUCAAUGAUUUUAAGGAGCUUAAAGGUGCUAAGUAGGUACAGCAGUAAAUCUAUAACUAUCACGUCUACUUUCUGUUAUGGCUAACGCCACAAUAUUUGACACAUUUAUAUCGCCACAGAUAGUUGAUACAUUUAUAUCGCCUCUUUCGAUCUAUGCUAUUGGUCUCUGCACUUGUUUCUCGCUGCUAAUCUUUGAGGUAAGCUUCACCUAUUCGUAUUUUUUCUAUAUAUCAAUGAUUUUAAGGAGCUUAAAGGUGCUAAGUAGGUACAGUAGUAAAUCUAUAACUAUCACGUCUACUUUCUGUUAUGGCUAAUGCCACAAUAUUUGACACAUUUAUAUCGCCACAGAUAGUUUCCUCAGUUAAAGAAAAUAUCUUUAAAUAACUGCUGAUAGUAAAUGAUUGGGCCAAUAUAUAUUUUUUAUGUGGGUAUUAGAGAAUCCCUCUGCGCUGUAUAUAACUUCCUACAUAAUAGUGUGUCUUAGUUUUGUUCUUAGUUGUUUAAGGAUUCCCUGGACAGAUAUUUCAAUGGCAAUUUACAGAUAAAAAACACAAAAUUCAUCAUAUCUGUUUUUUAGUUAUCAUACCUGUAUAGUGUCCCCCUUUGUUUUGCUAGUCCUCAAACAAAACAGCACCCAUCUGAUCACGACUAACAGAAAAAUCCGUAAGUACUCCACUGUUGGAAGUUUUUUAACUACUUUGUUACCAGUUUUAAACUAAUAAAAUAAUUGUCUUUCAUAAAUAUUGUUUUCAGAUUGGUAAUUAUUAUUUAAAUAUAGGUUUUCUUGUUAUUUCUAAAUACUUUGUACAAAAAUAUCUUUAUUGUUUUGGUAGCAGACUGUAAUAUACCUAAAUUGAUUUUUUUAAUAUGAGGUUAAAACAAUUAUACAUUUAUUAUUACCUUGUCUAUCGUAUCGUUUGUUUGUAAAAAAUAAUAUUGUACAAGUUAAAUUGUAUAAUUUGUUUUUAAUUAUUGAUAUUUUGUAAAAUCAACUAAAAACAAUAAUAUAUCACAGGGAAAUGUAUUUCACAUAAUACGCACCAUUAAUGUGAAGUAAUUAUGUCAUUUUUUCAAGGUUAUGUCAUUGGUUAAUUUUGAUUUUGAACAAGUCAUAUUAUCUAUGAUAUUCCCAGGGCAGUCGUAGCCUCCAUGAACGUUGUCAGUUAAUUAAAGAAGGCUAUUCAUCGCUGCUCAUUUGUUUCACAUACUUGAUCUAUGACAUAUAUGUACGUCAUAUGUCAUUGGUAUAUCCCAAUUUUAUAAACCAAUGACGUAUGACAUACAUAUUAUAUGUCAUAGGCUAGUUAUUAUAUCUAUGGUCAUAGAUCAAGUGUUCAAAACAACUGAGCAGCGUUGAAUUGCACUAUGGAAAGUUUUUUAAGAUUAGUACAACUAUUUGACUUAAAUGAAGUAAAAGACAGAUGUACUCUCAAUCAUUUAUUGUAACUUCCGACGACCAGUUUCGCUCUCUAAAGUAUGCAGAGCAUCUUCACGUCAACGGUUACAAGUCACUAAAUGCUACAAAUAAAAACCAGAGUUAGAACAAUGUUUGGUUGUAAAAGAUGCUAAAGAUCCAUAAGAUCAAGCCAAUAUUGAACAACAUACAUAAAAGUAGUUAAGCUAGCAGACAAAUACAUAUGCAUGUAAACUCGGGAGCGGUAACAAACGUCCCCAAGCUCACAAACACAUGCAGAUGUAUGCCGUGUGUAAUCAUGCAAUGAUAAGGAGUUACAAGGAGCUACUACCUCAGUAUUCAUUAACAUGAUAUUAUUUCUGCUUAAGUUACGCUAACGGGAUAUGGUGGAAUAGACGGAGAAUGUUGCAAAGGUAAACAAGUUUAUGGAAUUUGGAUAUUCUUGAGGGUGAAGAAUUCAAUGAAUUCAAUUCUUGAAUUUCCAAAUUCCAUAAACUUGUUUACCUGGGCAACAUUCUCCGUCUAUUCCACAAUAUCCCGUUAGCAUACCUUAAGCAGAAAUAUCAUGUUAAUGAAUACUGAGGUAGUAGCUCAUUUUAACCGAAUGUAAGUACAACACGUUAUCAUUGCAUGAUUACAGACGGCAUAUAUCUGCAUGUGUUUGUGAGCUUGGGGGCGUUUGUUACCGUCCCCGAGUUUACAUACAUAUGUAUUUGUCUGCUACUUUUAUGUAUGUUGUUCAAUAUUGGCUUGAUCUUAUGGAUCUUUAGCAUCUUUUACAACCAGACAUUGUUCUAACUCUGGUUUUUAUUUAUAGCAUUUAGUGACUUGUAACCGUUGACCUGAAGAUGCUCUGCAUACUUUAGAGAGCGAAACCGGUCGUCGGAAGUUACAAUAAAUGAUUGAGCAUUCAAAAUGAACUCUCACAUGCAACCCAUUCAACUAUUUGACUUAUUUCAAAUCAAGAGCUGCAGCUAACUUAAGAAAGAAUGAUAAUGGCGUCACUAUUAAUGUGAUGUGUUAGAAUUUUAACUUUUCCAGCGACAGACUACGCUUUGUUGUUAAAAUGUUAUUAAAAUGUAUAAACAUUUUACGUGUAUUUCGUACUUUUUAUUAACAUUAUUUAUUACUAAGCAGGAACUUAAUAUAGAUUUAAACGGUUUUUAAAAUUCUUAGCUUGGGUCUGUCAUUGAAAAAGAGAGUGCUCGAAGUAGGUACUAUAAAACAUAUUAUUACAUUCCAGUUGUUUUUGUUUGUUUUUUGUUUUAUUUUCUUUUUUUUUAAUAUAUUUUUAAAACCUA